AUGGUGACUGGAGAUGAAGGCAGCUCUGGGUGGAGACGGAGGCAUGUUUCCCUGGGGAUGAGACCCAUAGUCGAUAGGGAGUGCAGCGCAGGUGCCAAGUUCGUUUACAACGACCCGGAUUUAGGACUGAGGGUUGUAUACAAGGCCUUUUACUCGAAGUCCGAAAUCCACAACUGGAUCAGCCAGGCCCAUGUGCGUGCGCUCGGAUGCGACUUCUUCCUCCUCCCACAUCCGUUCAGAGCACUCAAUCGCUGGCCGACAAGCCCCGGAGACAGGGUGAUCAAGCCCAUCGGCUCUGUGAACCUCAUGGUUCAACAACGGACCGCUCCUUUUGAAUGGAUUGCUGUUCCCUUCUAUGUGCUCCAGGAGCCUCUGCAGGGUUACCGUUCAAAUGACAUCAUAAUCGGCGAGAAGACGACAAAACAGCUUCUGGGCGAACAUUUCUGCUUUGAUAUAUACAACAAAGAUCCGGGAGAAUUUGAAGAGAUGAUGGAUGAGGCGGAGCUCCAGUAUCUAUGUCAAAGACUCAAUUUUGAGCCAGACCCACAGCUCUCUCCCCAAGGAGGGAUGGUGACGGAGACAGAGUUCCAGGAGCCCCUGGAGCAUCUCAACCCCGAUCCAGAUCUAGAGCUCUAUCAACAGGGGGUGGUGGGAAUGGAGGCAGAGCUCCAGCAGCGAUCGCAGCAUCCCAGCCCCGAUCGCGGUCCACUUCCUCAGCAAGAAUGGAUGAUAGAUAACGCUGGCAAUUACAGGCAUCAACCUUGGGACAACAACUUGAGCUCUGAGUUGGGACUGCAGGUAUCGGACCAAACAUCGAUGUUUUCUGAAGUAGGCGCAUGGGCAGAGGCGGGCUACGAAGAACACGGUGAUCCUAGCUUCGACUUCACUGAGGAAGACCAGUUAUCGGAGAUGCAGACAGGCAUGUUUGCCUAG